UUUUUUUUUUUUUUUUUACAUUUUAAAUAUAUAAUUUGCUUCUUAAAAUACCUUCGCAGAUGUUGCUAGAAUAGGGUUUUGCUAUUAUGAACGUUAUGUUGGCGGUCUAGGUUGGUCGUAUUUUUUUUCUAGUUACAUAUUUACAUUAGGUAGGUCAGUGUAAGCUACUUUAUACAACAGUCCCACAUUCUAUCCGGCCCCAUAUAGCAAUAAUGAGCAGCUCUUGAGUCACAGCAAUGCAGUUUGCUAUGCACUACGCCUUUUGUGCUUAAAAACUAAAAGCGCAACGUAGCUUUAGGCAUCGGGUCAUGGAUGUAUCAAACUAAAAGAGCACCGAUACUAAGUUCGUGCGUUUGCUUAAUUUGGUAUUAUAGUUUAAUUCAUAAAAACAACCACGCUCAUACAAAACAAACAAACAAACAAACAAACAAAAAACAACAGCCUUCCUUCACGCCCAUAAUACUACUUAUGGUAAAAAGGCGCAAGAAAGUUUAGCUAGUUAGAGGUCUAAUUUAUCUUGUUUGGAUGUCGAGUUAUUGUUAACUCGAAAAUGUAGUUAUUAUAUGACUACAGUGGUGAGUUAAGUGUGAAUAUUGACCAGUGUUGCACAUGAACAUAAGAACGGCAUAGACUGUUUGUAAACUGCAAUUGCUAGUAUGCCAACUUGUCAGGAAUCACAAAAUAUUUAGUUUGCUAACGCUAGAUAUUUCAGUACAUUACUAGCAAUUGAUCUACACAGCUAACCUAGCUAAAUAUCUAAAUAUGCUACUCAGUUGCUCUGCGAACACCUGUUGUCCAUACCAUAGCAUAGCUGUUGGGAAUUUGAGAGGUUAUGUGUCUGCGUUGUAUGUGCUGGUUACUGAGGGGUUUAAGAGAGCUAACCUAGGUUAGGGUUAGUUUACGUCCCUCCUUGUUCUAGAGAAGUAGCUUAGAAGGUUGCGUGACUUGGGGGCAUAAAUUGUUUUCCCAAAAGUUGAUAUGCCGGUCUUUGCAGAGGAUCCCGGUCAGUUUUCCAAACAGCGACUUAGGUCCGAACUCAUAUCGCAUAAUGUGGAACUGCCCUCAAGAGAAAGUAAGAAACAGGUUUACGUGGAACUUUAUAUGAAACAUGUCGGGAAUGAAUUCACCGCUGAUUUCUCUAGUGAUGAUGAGGACCAAAUUCAGAAUGGCGACGGGGAGACGGAGGAAGAAUGGUCGUCAGACAUGGUGAACUUGAGCUCAUUGACUGAUGAUCAGUUAAAAGACAAAUUACUUGAAUAUGGAAUCAAAGCUGGACCAAUUCUAGCCAGCACCAGAGAUUUGUAUGAGCGAAAGCUGCACAGACUGUUGGUGCAUGCCCCAGAGCAUGGGGGCAGUAAUGCAGCUGAUGCUAGACACUACUCCGAGAGCGAGGAGGAGGAAGGAGAUGAAGAUGAGGAGUCUGGAUCAGAACUGUAUGGCUCCAAGAUGCCAUCCCAUGCUGAGACUAGUGCAACUGCUGGUUCGGUGGGAUUGUCAAAUCAGAGCAAAGAAAUGUUUUAUCCUCAGUGCUUCUUCCCCCCUGUGAGACAGGGCAAUAAUCAACAGAGGUCACUGGGGAGCAGUGGAAAUAGCUCCCAAUUCUUCAGCAUCACCCAGCUGGUGGCAGAGGGAAGUAACAGACUAAGUCCUCAAUCAAGGCCAGCAGGGACUGAGAGGGGAUGUAUUUACACACCAGUGGCCAGCAGGGGGCAGUGGGAUCUUCAGCGGCUCAGCAAAAACACCAUGACGGAUGCAUCUCUUUUUCUGACCCCUGAGUGUUUGACCCAUCAGAAACAAACUGCCACAGUACAACCAGCUGCUGAACCAAUAACUGAUGUUCUGAUGGAGCUGUUCCCAGAUGCUGUAGUUACACCAACUGGAAUCACUGCUACUAAAAGACGGCCUAUAAAAGGGGCUGCAGGUCGUCCUGUGCAGUUCAAAUACCCAGAAACCCUGAUGAGUCCCACGGCACAGGUGCGACAGGAAAUCCGACAGCGCUUGGUGCCUUUGUGGGUGCAGAUUUUCGUCUUUCUGCUACUAGCUGGUCUUCUCUACCUUAUUUAUGUGUUAAUGGAGAACCCUUCAGAGAAUUCUUUUAGUGCACUGUUGGACAGCCCGAGUCAGGAGGCAGUCCGUGAUGAGGCCACCCUCAGCCGGAGCUGUAAGUCGUAGGUCCAUCUGAGAUGACUACCUAGACAGAGUGUAAGCUAGUUUUUAAUACUGUUUACUGACCUUCAGUGUUUGUAUUUGCAAAGAGCUCCAAUGUAAUCAUGAAUUUACAAAGUGUUUUUAUUAUUCGCAGUAAGAGCGUAUGAUCAAAUGUCUGUACAAAUAUGUGUAAGUCGUGGAAUGUGUGUGGUUUGUUGUUAUAUUUCCCUGUUUUGUUUGUUUGCUUGUUUGCUAAAAUGUCUGGCCUGUUCUUUUCUUCUUGCUUAAAUUCAUGAUAAAUUCUUGGUUGGAGAGCAACAAGGCCCCAGCUCAUGUCCACAGGAGCCACAAUACAUUUUACUCUUACUUUCUGCUGAUAUAUAUAUAUUUUUUGCUGAAUAAAUAAAUUGUUGAUGUUGAGUAUUGUUGAUCACUGAA